ACAGAGCGGGGCGACCGGAGAGUUCGGGUCGGCGAGUUCGGGCGUGAAAGCCGUUGGGCGCGGGGCCCGCCGUCUCUGGCCAAGCGUGCGACACCGCUCUUCCCACGGCCCCGGAAAAUUCGCGGCCGCCGACCGGAAGAGGGGGUCCGAAGCGCGACGCCGGCUAGCCAGCCGACCAUGGGCGCGCCUUGAAGGCUGCUGCGGCUCGCCUCCUGUCGACGUCGUCGUCUGCUACGCCCCCACUGUUGUACGCCAGGGUGACGCGGGCCUUGAGCCCGCCGGCGCGGCUGUCCACCGUGGAGCUGCAGCCGCUGGUUCGGGGAGCGCUGUCCGGGGACCACAUGCCCCACAAGGGACACAGCGGCGUCAACCAGCUCGGAGGCGUGUAUGUCAACGGGCGCCCCCUGCCGGACUCCACGAGGCAGAAGAUCGUCGAGCUGGCGCACUCCGGGGCCCGGCCGUGCGACAUCUCGCGCAUCCUGCAGGUCUCCAACGGAUGCGUCUCCAAGAUUCUCGGAAGGUACUACGAGACGGGCUCGAUCCGUCCCCGGGCGAUCGGGGGCAGCAAGCCUCGCGUGGCCACUCCGCCGGUGGUGGGCAAGAUCGCCGAGUACAAGCGAGAAUGCCCGUCCAUCUUCGCCUGGGAGAUACGAGACCGGCUUCUCUCCGAAGGAGUCUGCAACAACGACAACAUACCAAGCGUGUCGUCCAUCAACCGGGUCCUGCGAAACCUCGCCGCCCAGAAGGAGCAGCAGCAGCACCACCAGCACCAGCAACAGACGCAGCACCACCACCACCAGGCUGCCGCAGCGGCAGCAGCGGCGGCCGCCGCGGCCGCAGCCGUGCACGGGGGCGGGUGUCCGGAGUCAGUGUACGACAAACUGCGCAUGCUCAACGGACAGCCGUGGCCCUGGUACCCCGCCAGUGCCGCUCCGCCGCCUCCCUUGUCGGCAGCGGCGGGGGGUCCAGCCCUCGCACCGCCGAGUCCGCUGGCCGGGGCUCUCACCCCGUCGGCGCUCGCGGCUGCUGCCAGCCCUACGGCACACGACGCCAAGAAGGAAGGUGGCGGCGACGGUGGCACCUCUGACGGCAACUCUGAGAACAGCUCGUCGUGCGACGAGGACUCGCAGAUGCGGCUGCGGCUGAAGCGCAAGCUGCAGCGGAACCGGACAUCCUUCACCAACGAGCAGAUCGAGGCACUCGAGAAAGAGUUCGAGCGCACCCACUACCCGGACGUGUUCGCCCGGGAGAGGUUGGCCGAGAAGAUCGCGCUUCCCGAGGCGCGAAUCCAGUGGCGGCGCGAGGAGAAGCUGCGCAGCCAGCGUCGUGCCGCGGAGUCCAGCGCCGCCGUCGGUGGGGGACCCGUGCACGGAAGACUCGCCGGUCCGCUGGCGGGGUACCCUGGACUCAGCCAGCCCAUGGCUGCAGCCAUGCAGGACUCCUACAGCCCGAUGGCCGCCGGUAUGGGAUCGGGACCAUGCCUGCAGCAACAACACAGGGAUGCGGCCUCAUAUUCGUACAUGCUGCACGACACCCUCGGCUUAGGCGCCUACUCCAGGGCCUCGGCCAACCCGGCUGGCCAGGGUGGCAUCGCGGGAGGGCAUCCCGCCGCGUACGCAGUCAGCGGGGCCAGCCCUCAUGGCGCCGCAGGUGUCAUCUCUCCAGGCGUGACGGUGCCAGUGCAAGUCCCUGGCCAAACAACCGACCUCUCGGUGCCGUCCAACUAUUGGCCCCGACUGCAGUGACAAUGGCCCAUGGUUGGGUACCCGACCGACCUGAGCCUCGCCAAGGGUAGCAGGUCGUACGCCAACCUCCAGGACCACUUCCCGGCCACUUGCGCCAACAAGGACUAGUCGCGCUACAUGCGCCCACAAAGGAAGCUUGGCUUCACUCUUCAAGUCCGCACGAAUCCUUGCCAGCAGCGCACAGCAGAACUCUGAUGAACGGUGCAGGAAACGUGCGUGCUCCUUCUUGCAGAAGUGUGAAGCAGUGGCCAUGUUUUGUGAUGGUGUGUGCAGCUGCUCUAAUAGCAGACCCGUAUUCUUUUUCCCUUUAAUGACCACCCAUGACCAUCUUUGUGUAAACAACAAAGGGUUCAAUAUGGCAUGCAGCACAUAAAAUGUUGUGCUAAUGUCAAGCCGUUUAGCGCAGGACUUUGGAAUCUUUGGAAUCUCUUGGCACUGAUGCUUAAUAUCGCAAAGUUUCUCAAGGCUACAAAUUAGAUGGGCAUUUUAACGCCACCUUGACAGGCCUCUUAAAUUCUAUUAAUGAAACUGCACCAUGGUUGAACGGCUCACUACAGACUGUAAGCCAGCCUUCCCCUGAUCUAUAUAUCGGCACGAAAGGCAAAGUUUGCAGCAAUGCACCCAUGCGAAAAUCAUGAGCGAUUUGGCACUACUAUAACGAUUUGUGAUGAUGAAGCAAGCAGAUGGACAAAGUAGAACAUGUGCUGGCAAUGGUUGUGUUGCUAUGUGUUGUGAAUAUGUAUUGGCAAUAGAACAUGUGCUGGCAAGAAGUAACUGCACAAACAAUCACAAAGCAACUCUGCUGCCUUCACUUGCUGUAGUCUUCAACGCGUGUCAUGAACACUCCAAACACGUGUGCCUCGACCACCGCUCGUCGAAGCCGCAUUGGACGACAAGACCAGUCGAUCCUGGCAAGAGCUACCAAGAUUGCUACUGAAUAUAAGGACCUUUGUUCUAGUCGACCACACUUGUGAGCGCCCCAGUUCUUUCUUUUUGUUGUUCUUAAUGUGUCACUUGACUACUCCAUCUACUAUCUUCUAAAUGGGCUGUCUCGGUUGUUGUCAAUGUCGUCAAUGCAAUCAAGCUGCAGCUCGUCUUCCUAGGCCAAGAAUUCUCGACGACAAGUUUCUCGGGCAGUGCAAACACAACCCAUCCGUCACUAACCUGCGCACACAACACUGUGUUGACACUGCAAAUGCAGUCCAACUGACAAUAUGUGUGCUCUCAUAGGCGAGUGAAUGAAAUACUCGCUACACAGCCCUCAUGAUCCAAUGUGACACCAGAGUGAAGUUUUUGUUUGUUUGUUUGCAUUUAAAGCAGUACAGUUGUGGCGUCUUUUCUGUUUCCUUUGCCUCGCACAUCUGAAAUGCCAGAGUGUUUGCAGUGUUGCCAGAGAUGGCUCGAGACUGUAGCAUUAAUUUGCACACCAUAUCGGCAGCUUGUUCUUUUGUGUCAUCUGUGUGGACCUUGGAAAGUGAUGUUUUGAAAAGCUUGUACAGAACUGUACUGAAGAACAGAAUAGGCGCACACUUUAGAAAUGUCAAGAGGCAUACUUUUAUUAUAGCUCAUCCCAAAGAGUUUUCGGUAAAGACAAGAAAAAAAUAAAAGAACACAGUGAGCGUCA